GCAAUGAAUUGGGCCAAUUCGGGGAUGGGCAGUGUGAGGUGUUUAUCUCUCUCGCCUUCAGUGGGUUUUACUUUAUCAUCACCGCUCUGUGCUUGAAGAGUUAUCGGCUACACGUACUGUUCAAUUGGGAUCUGAAACGCUCACUGAAACAGCAAAAGAUUGUACGAACACUCAUGAACGAUAUCAGCCUAACGAUCAUGAUCUGGGUCGGGUAUCUGCUGUUUGUCGCCUACUUCAUCCUGUGGUUCACGGUGUCCCCGAUCACCACGACUGUUAUGGGCUCGUGCCAUACCAGCAGCAACAUGUUCUUCUACAUCUCGCUUGUUCUGCUGGCGAUUGGCUUGAUUUUGGUCUCGGUCAUGUCCUACAAGACUCGCACUGUUCCGGUCCAUUACGGUGAACCGAACAUAGCCUGCCAGUCAUGUUCAUCCUCAGGGAGAGGGACGCCGCCCCGACCACGGACCCUUCCAAAGCUCCCUUCAUAUAGUAUCAUAACUGUUGUAAUAAAGAACAAGGAAACUAGCAAGGACACUGAUGGGAACGAUAACAGCAAUGAUCCGUCAAUCACCGAUACUGUUUUUCUGAAGCACCGUCGCACAAAACUACGGGCCGAGUUGAUUGCCCUCCAGGAGAGAGUACUUGAACAGCAACAAGAAUUGGGAAUCGAACUACAGCUGCCCGAUACGCCCGGAGCAGAAAAUUCAAAUAUGGUUCCUCUUACCGCUCUGAACACGGAAACCAUGUGGAAUAUGCUGUCACCGGGAGUGCUGAAUAGUGGUGCAAGUAGUAGGAUGGUUCCCGCAGAUCACAAUGUACCAGACAGGUGA